GCGGAAUGACUGAUCCGUAGACUUUCGCAAGCGUCGAUUCUUUACCGAUUUUCGGUUCCACAAAAUCUGCAACUUGAAGCUUUUUCGAGUACUUCCCGUAUUUACCCAUUUUGUUCACAUCGACAAUGGCCAAACAGGAACAAACCCCUGAAGGAAACUUAAUCACGCGCGAUGGCGAUCAGAUCAUUGAAUCCAACUGGAACGAGGUUACGGAGACGUUCGACGACAUGCAGCUGAAGCAGAAUCUGCUGCGCGGCGUGUACGCGUACGGUUUCGAGAAGCCCUCGGCCAUUCAGCAGCGGGCCAUCAUGCCCUGCUUGAAAGGACGCGACGUGAUCGCACAGGCCCAGUCCGGGACGGGCAAGACGGCCACGUUCGCCAUCUCCAUCCUUCAGAACAUUGACACGGCCAACCCGGAGUGCCAGGCCAUGGUGCUGGCCCCCACCAGAGAACUCGCGCAGCAGAUCCAGAAGGUGGUACUGGCGCUGGGCGACUACCUGGGCGUGCAGUGUCACGCCUGCAUCGGCGGCACCAACGUGCAGAACGACGUGGUGAAGCUGGACAAGGGCCAGCACGUGGUGGUGGGCACGCCCGGUCGCGUCUACGACAUGAUCUCACGGAGAGCGCUGCGCGUCAACGCUCUGAAGAUGUUCGUCCUGGAUGAGGCGGAUGAAAUGUUAUCACGCGGCUUCAAAGAGCAGAUUUAUGACGUUUUCAAGAAUCUUCCCGGAAACGUCCAGGUGGUGUUGCUGAGUGCCACCAUGCCACCGGAAGUGCUGGAGGUGACGAAGAGCUUCAUGCGCGAUCCCAUUCGCAUCUUGGUGAAGAAGGAGGAGCUGACGCUGGAGGGUAUCCGUCAGUUCUUCAUCAACGUCGACCGCGAGGACUGGAAGUUUGAGACGCUGUGUGAUUUGUACUCGACCGUCUCCAUUGCUCAGAGUAUUAUCUUUUGUAAUACUCGGCGAAAGGUGGACUUCCUCACUAAGCAGAUGGGCGCCAAGGACCACACGGUCAGCAGCAUGCACGCGGACAUGAGCCAGGCGGAGCGGGAGGUGAUCAUGCGCGAGUUCCGCAGCGGAUCCAGCCGCGUCCUCAUCACCACGGACCUGCUGGCCCGCGGCAUUGACGUCCAGCAGGUCAGCCUGGUCAUCAACUACGAUCUGCCCAACAACCGCGAGAACUACAUUCAUCGUAUCGGUCGUGGUGGGCGUUUCGGGCGCAAGGGCUGCGCCAUCAACUUUGUCACCAAAGACGACUUCCGUCUGCUGAAGGAUAUCGAGCAGUACUACAACACCAAGAUCGAGGAGAUGCCCAGCAACAUUGCCGAUUUGCUGUGAUCUGACUUUCCUUGAGAGAGAGAGAGACGGUUGGCUCCCUGACUGGACGAUGAGGCGGUUCGGCGUUGCGGAUGUGUGUUUUUUGGCGGGUGGCGUUGAUGACGCGGCCGUCAGACAGACAGACGCAUGGUUUAACGUUUCUUGGUAAUUUUCUUCUUUUUUUGAUGACGGGUACCUUAAUUUAGUGUCAGUGGCGCGGCGUGCACGCGACAGUGGCGGCGCGAUCCUCGUGGUGGUCAUUUGUAUUUUCCUAAUGUUUCUUUUCUUUUUUGCCUGCAUCCCCGCUGUUGCUGCUGUUCCGUGCUUGGCUUGUUAUUAUUCACUUAACAUUAAAAACACAAGGCAUUUUG